AUGCACAUGCUGGACACCCCCCUUCUGCCUCCCCUUGGCGAAGACUUCAUUGGCAAGGAUCCGCGCGGGGCGGAUGUGCGGGGGUCGGACGUGGUGGGGGCCGACCCGGUCGGCCUGGACCCGCUGGGGGGCGGCCGCGGGCGCCCCACACAGCCGGGCAAGGCCCCCGCCGCCGAGGCGCGGGCCGCGACACCCGCGACGCCCGCCAACUGCACCACUGCGGCGCAGCUGGUUGCCUCCAACCCCAACACCACCGUCCUGGAGCAGCUGGCCAAGGCAAGGUCGAGCCUGCAUGCGCACCCGGCACGCGCUGCCUGCUGCCGCAUCCGCCCCAUCACGGCGCGCCUCCCGCCCCGCACGCACCCGCCGACGCCUGGCGCCACCUCCCCGCAGGCCUCUGGCCUGGCCGGCUACCUGGGCGACCCGUCCCGGGUGUUCACGCUGUUUGCACCCGACGACAUCGCCUGGCAGUCCUUCUUUGAGGGGUUCAACCUGACGGCAGAUGUGCUGGCGGCCGACCGGCAGCUGCUGGAGGCGGUGCUGCAGUACCACGUGGUGCCGGACCAGGCCCAGAGCCUGACCAAGGCGCCCCACCCCUGCUUGUUUGGCACGUGUGGCGGCGGCGCGCAGUGGAGCGACAGCCUGACGCUGCCCACGCUGGCGGCGGGGCAGGUGCUGGGGGUGCGGCUGCCUACAGCCACCAGCCCCAACUACUUUUUGGAGGGCGCGCAGGGCUACAUGCUGGGCGCCAUCCUGCAGCCCGACCAGCCCGCCUGCAGCGCUCUGGUGGACGUGGUGGGCAGCGUCAUGAUCUCCAAUGCCACCGACGUGCUGCUCACGCAGCGUGGCCUGGUGGCGGCGGGCUGGGCAGCGGCGGCGGCGGCGGCGGCCGAUGGGCGAGACGGCAUGAAGUCUGCCGUGAUGAUCCUGGCCCUGGCCCUGCUGGCUGGCUCUGCGCCAGGGGCCCAGGCCUGGUGGCAUGGAGUCGGCGCCGACACUAUCUGCGACCACCCCUUCCUGGCCAAGUGGAUUCCCAAGUGCAAGCCUGUGAAGCCCAAGGUCAUCAAGGUCAUCAAGGAGGUGCCCGUGCCCGUGCCGACGCCACCCCCGCCGCCAACUCCCGUGAUCAGCGCAGUCCCCGCCCCCCCGCCCGCCCCAGUGGUCAGCGCCGCGCCUGUGCCUCUGCCCGUCCCGACCGCCGCCGAGGCUGGCGCCACCGCCGAGGCCGGCGCCACCACCACCACCACGCCCACCACCACGCCCACGACCACCACCCUCUGCCAGACGGUGGUGGAUGUCGCCUCCGCUGACCCCGACCUGAGCACCCUGGUGGCCGCCGUCACGGCCGCGGGCGCCGCCGAGUCACUGGCCUCCCCCGACCUGGUGGCCACCAUCCUGGCCCCCACCAACGCCGCCUUUUUGUCGCUGCUGGAGGCGCUGGGCGUGACGGCACAGCAGGCGCUGGCGCCUGAGUUCCAGCCCCAGCUGCAGAAGAUCCUGGCCUACCACGUGGUGCCCGACGCCGCCGUCACCGCCGCGGAGCUGACCGACGGCGAGACCCUGGACACCCUGAACACCGGGGAGAGCGUGACGGUCAGCAAGUCGAGCGCCGGCGUGGCUUUCGUGCCCUCCCUGGACGCAGCGCCCCCCGCCCAGGUGGUGGAGGCUGACAUCCCGGCCUGCGACGCCAUCAUCCACAAGAUCGACCAGGCACGCCCUGCCUGGCCAGCCCUGGCCCUGCGCAGCACCCCUGCGUUUGUGCUGCUGCCCGCCAACGCCUUCCCCGAGGGCGUCCCUGUCGAGGCGGAGGCUGGGGCGGAGGCGGAGGCUGGGGCCGAGGCCGAUGCUACUGCGGGCGCCUCCACUCUGGCCAAGGCUGCCGCCCAGGCUGCUGCCCUGCUGAAGAAGAAGGAGAAGGAGAAGCCCGUCCCGAUUGAGGUGGAGGAGCCGACGGGUGCCAGCGCCAGCGCCAGCGCCCUCGCCAGCGCCACGGCGGGCUAG